ACUUUCGCGCAUGCGCACCUCGGAGCUGACGGCACGUUGGGAUAAGCAUGGCGGACGACAGCCGGGAGAGCGUGAAGGAAAACACAUCUGUAAAUGUCGAAGGUUCGAGUAGUGAUGAAGAUGAUGAAGUGGUUAAUAACGAAGAACGUGAGGAGAUGACAAAGACCUUCAAAGACUUGGGUGUUACUGAGGUUCUCUGUGAGGCUUGUGAUCACCUGGGAUGGAAAAGUCCAACAAAGAUUCAGGUGGAGGCUAUUCCAGUGGCGUUGGAAGGGAGGGAUGUCAUCGGCCUGGCAGAGACGGGUUCGGGGAAGACCGGUGCUUUCGCUCUGCCUGUCCUCCAGUCCCUGCUGGCUUCACCUCAGAGGCUCCACACACUCGUCCUGACCCCCACCAGAGAGCUGGCCUUUCAGAUCUCUGAGCAGUUUGAGGCUCUGGGCUCCAGCAUCGGGGUUAAAUGUGCUGUCAUCGUUGGUGGGAUUGAUAUGAUGGCCCAGUCCCUGGUGUUGGCCAAAAAGCCUCAUGUCGUCAUUGGUGAAUAAAAUCUUGAAGGUCAUUCCACGAGACAGACGAACCUUUUUGUUCUCUGCCACCAUGACCAAAAAAGUGCAGAAACUAGAACGAGCAGCUCUGAAAGAUCCUGUAAAGUGUGCAGUAUCUACAAAAUACUCCACAGUAGACAAGCUGCAGCAGUACUACAUCUUCAUACCAUCUAAAUACAAGGACUGUUACCUGGUGUCCAUCCUGAACGAGCUGGCCGGGAACUCCUUCAUCAUUUUCUGCAGCACGUGCAACAAUGCCCAGCGGGUGGCGCUGAUGUUGCGCAACCUCGGCAUCACCGCCAUCCCUCUUCACGGACAGAUGAGUCAGAAUAAACGUCUCGGAGCUCUGAACAAGUUCAAGUCCAAGUCUCGCUCGGUGCUGCUGGCAACUGACGUGGCGUCCAGAGGACUGGACAUCCCCCAUGUCGACUGUGUCAUCAACUACGACAUCCCCACUCAUUCAAAGGACUACAUCCACAGAGUGGGACGAACUGCCAGAGCCGGCCGCUCAGGAAAAUCCAUAACGUUUGUCACACAAUACGACGUGGAGCUCUUYCAGCGAAUCGAAAGUCUGAUUGGAAAGAAACUUCCUGCUUUUCCCACUCAAGAGGAGGAAGUGAUGAUGMUGGUGGAGAGGGUGAGCGAGGCGCAGAGAUUCGCCAAGCUGGAAAUGAAGGAACAGGGAGAGAAGAGGAAGAGGCCCAGAGCUGGAGACGGAGAUGAGGACGACACAGAACAAGCAAGUGGAGUGAGGAAGAAGGUGAAAGGAGGACCAGGAGCACGAGGAGGAGGAGGAGGAGGAAGAGGAAGAGGUGGGAAGAAGGGUGGAGGAGCCUGGAGAGGAGGGCGCUGAAGCAUCUGCCUGUAAUAAAAUGUACAUAACCACAAGACACAAUGCCUUGUCUUGUUUUUGAUGUAAAACUCCAACAUGUUUUCCACCAUUCAGUUUAGAAACUAAUUUAAUUCCAGAACAAGAGCUUUCUUUACCAGUGUAUGACUUUGUUCUAUUUCUAAUAAAACUUUAUUAUAAAACCUGAA